AUAAAAAUCCUAAGAAUGGCUUCAGAAGAAGAUACAACUAAACUGAUGUUGGACCCACCGCUCUUUGUGCCGUGCGACUUGGAUACAUUUCGAGACCCGAAUAAGAAGCGCGUUUUUAGUGAGGCCUGCGAGGAGACGGAUAAGCUUAGUGCCCAGGAUGAGAUCAGUGUAUCGAGUAUUAUAUCGGCUCUGCUGCGGCCCAUCGAGCCCUCCGAUGACCAGUAUCGGGUGUGCGACUGGGGCAUCAAUCCCAAGCAGUUUCUGCCCGUGAAGCAAGCCGUCAUUUUUAAAGAGCAGCUGUAUAUCUCCAAGCUAAGGAACACCAACUGCAAGCUCAACGAGAAUCUGAAGAUUUUCUUCGAGCGCGAACUGAAACAGAUUGGAAGAUUCUGCCUGAACGUGGAGGAGGCCUACGAUGGAUACGUGGUCUUCAGCAGCAGCAAGAUGAAGAAGGGCAAGGGCAUCGUCGAGUGUGGCCAUCAGCUGAAGGGGAAGUACGACGAAAAGUUUCUGCUGAUCUGCGAGAAGCGCAUGGAGUUCGAUCGCGUCGAUCAUGCCAAGAUUGAAAAGACCCUGGAGCUAAGAAACCAUGCGGAUCUUCUUCUCACAGCGAUUCGGGCGACGAAGAUCAACGAGGAAACCCAGAAGUUCAAGGCCCGCAUCGACAUCAAGGAUCGUGAUCAUGUGUUUGUGCUCGAUGGAGGCAUCAUGCUCCUCAUGCGGCACUUGGUGUGCAACAAUUUUGUGGGCGACUUUGAGUACUACACCAUGAACCUCUACGGCCGAGUGCUACGCUGCAAUCUGGUGGUGCACAAAGAGCGCAAGGUGGUACGAAUCUUCUACCGGACCUACAAGAACACCGUGCAUAUUGUGACCCAGCAGUGCUUCAACGAUGAACUGCAGGAUGUGGCCGAGACGUUCAUGACCCCCGAAGGCCGCAUUGCCCUGCACUAUUGGCGCGGCUACAACUAUUUGCUGCACGCCGCUUGCAUCCCGCCGAAGCGCAAGGAGAUGAUUCUGCCCAAACUAGAGCUGAUGUGGCGUCAGAACACCCAGCUGGCCAGGAAAUUCAGAGAACUGAAGGCCCUAAACUAUGACAAUGCCAUAAAUUACCUGGAAGGUCACUCCGAGCUGGCCGACUUCAUGCAGGACUAUGUGCUGAAUCUCUUACGCUAUAAGCCCAGCAACGUCCUUGAGUUUUCCAUCAUGUUCUUCCAAAACAUGGCCGCUAAUUCCUAGUUAAACCAAAACGCUUAAUUAUGCUUUAAAUUGUCAGUCUUAAGUCAGAGAAGUUCUGGAAUAAACAUCAAUCGU